GGAACCUGUUGAUCUUUUUCGUGACUGUUCCCUCUCCUCUGACCACCGCCUUUCAUCAGCCCGCCGCCGCGCCGACACCAUCGUCUCUCGUCGUUGUCCCAGUUUCCGAGCUUUUGAGAAAAGUCCCCGACAUUUCGGAGUCCCGACAACGAUUCAAGGCAGUCAAGAUGGCCUCUACCAAGGAGCUCACCUACCAGGAUGUUGCCGAGCACAACACCAAGAAGGAUCUCUACGUCGUGAUCCACGACGAGAUCUACGACUGCUCCAAGUUUGUGGACGAGCACCCUGGUGGUGAGGAGGUCCUACUCGACGUCGCUGGCCAGGACGCCACUGAGGCGUUUGAGGAUGUCGGCCACAGCGACGAGGCCCGCGAAACGCUCAAGCAGCUCAAAGUCGGCACUUUGAAGCGCGGCCCCGGCGACCCCAAGCCCAAGACUCCCGCCCCCGGUGCCGUUGCCCCAGCUGCCAACAACACCACUGCCGGUUUUGGUGUGGGUCUCUACGCCAUCAUCCUCAUCGGCGGUCUGAUCGGUUACGCUGCCUACACCUAUCUCCAGCAACAGCAGGCUGCGGCCCAGGCCUGAAUUUGUGGGGUCUCACCACUUGGUGACUCGGGUAGCGGAGGCAGAUAGGAGCUUUAUCUUAUUUAAUGGCGAUGCUUUCUUUUUGGGUCACUCUGCGCUACGACAUUGAAUUCUAGGAAUCAUGAUGGGGAAGGCUACCAGCGUCUGGUCGAGAGUGUCUCGGGUUCUGGCCUGGGAUGUGCUUGGAUGGCGGCUUGUGGUGGGCGCCAUGCAUAGACUGCUGUCUGGUACCGACCUAGGAUUGGCGUCUUGCGUUUUGUCGUUGUUCAACAAACGGGUCAUGUUAAUGGCUGGAUGAUAUCUGUAUUCCAGAUGUUCAUGUACUGGGCAUUGAGGCGAGCAGCAAGCCAAGCUCGCCACCGUGCUCCUCGCCUUGUCCAUCAUCACCUCCUCCGCCACCACCAUACCACCGUUGAGGACGGGCCAGCUGAGGCAACGGCAUUCUUGGGAUUGGCACAUGCCGGGUACUAGUUUAUAGAAUCUUGUAUUUCCCCAAAGCUAGCGCCGUUCUUUCGACUAACCCCCGCUGCCGGAGCUUGUUUUGUUGGG